CCCGCCCUUAGGAAUAUGAAAGGAUUAUCUGGUAGCAGGAAUCAAUCACAGUUAUGCGCCAGUCAUACUUGUGGCUUAGCAUCUCCUGAGGAUUGUGAACAUGUGCAUGAUCAUGGGCACCAUGGGCAAGAAACUAGGCAAUCAUAUCUACUUAGUCCUACAGAGAGCUGUCAAAUGGACCACCACCGUUGCUCCCCAAGGAGUUCCAUUCAUUCUGAAUGCAUGAUGAUGCCUGUGAUGAUGAGCGAUCACAUGUCAAGUAGCACUUUUCCAAGAAUGCACUAUAAUUCCCAUUACGAAACCCGUGAUGACUGUGCUGUCUCACAUACUAGUAGUAGUAAAAUUAACAGAAUUCCUGCAAACUUACUGGAUCAAUUUGAAAAACAACUUCCUCUACACCGAGAUGGAUUUCACACGUUACAAUAUCAGAAGACAUCCACCGCUACAGAACAAAGAACAGAAAGCCCAGGAAGAAUACGUCACCUUGUUCAUUCUGUACAGAAACUUUUCACUAAAUCCCACUCUUUAGAAGGAUCAUCAAAAGGCAAUGUAAAUGGUACAAAAGGAGACAGUCGUGGAGAUGACCACCAUCAUGGCCAUUAUUCAAAGCAUAGCAAAAGGAGUAAAAGUAAGGAAAGAAAACCAGACAGCAAGCAUAAGUCUGGGAUGACAGGGUGGUGGAGUUCGGAUGAUAAUUUGGACAGUGAUAGCACUUACAGAAACCCUAGUGUAAUGAAUAGACAUCAUGUAGACCAUAUAUCUCAUUGUUAUCCUGAAUCUCUGCAGGGACACUUUGGAGAUCUUUCCCUUAAAACUUCUAAAAGUAACAACGAUAUGAAAUGUACAGCAUGUGAAGGUCUUUCAAUGACCCCAGAAGGAAAAUAUAUGAAAAGGAGCUCCUGGUCGACCCUUACCGUAAGUCAAGCAAAAGAAGCCUAUCGAAAAUCAUCCCUUAAUUUGGAUAAACCUCUAGUCCAUCAGGAAAUAAAAUCUUCCUUGAGACCAUGCCAUUACCUUCAGGUGCCUCAAGAUGAAUGGGGAGGGUAUCCCUCUGGAAGUAAAGAUGAGGAAAUUCCAUGUCGAAGAAUGAGAAGUGGCAGUUAUAUAAAAGCCAUGGAAGAGGACAGUGGAGAUUCUGAUACAAGCCCCAAAACAUCCCCUAAAAUAUCAGCAAGACCUGAACCUUUAUUGAAAUCAAUAGUACAGCGAUCGCAUGGAGAGCUCCAAAACCAGAGCUACCUACAAGCAGCAAGUGAAAUGGCCGCAGGACAAGUUCUGGACCCUUCAGGAAAUUAUAAUUCUCCAAAGUUUCGUUCAAGGAACCAGAGCUACAUGAGAGCGGUCAGCACGCUUAGCCAAGCCAGCUGUGUCAGUCAGAUGAGUGAAACAGAAAUUAAUGGGCAAUAUGAGUCGGUGUGUGAGUCGGUGUUCAGUGAAGUUGACUCUCAUGCAAUGGACGCUUUAGACCUCCCAGGAUGCUUCCGAACUAGAAGUCACAGUUAUCUGAGAGCAAUUCAAGCUGGAUAUUCCCAGGAUGAUGAUUGUGUUCCUGUAAUAACCUCUUCCAAUGUCACUUCCACAGCCAGGUCGACAACAGCUGUUUCGUACCCAAAUUAUAAGAAGACACCCCCUCCAGUUCCUCCACGCACCACCUCUAAGCCGCUUAUCUCAGUGACAGCACAAAGCAGUACAGAGUCUACCCAGGAUGCCUAUCACGAUAGCCGGACUCAAAGGAUAUCCCCAUGGCCUCAUGAUGGCCGGGGCCAUUACAACUCCACAGACAGCCUGGAUAGUAACAAGGCCAUGCAUCUCGCCUUGGAAUCAGCUGCGGCACAGCGCCAUGCCUCUGAGAGCAAGAGCAGCUCUGUUAAGAGCACCAGUGACAAGGCUGUUCUUGUGACCAAGUCAGAUGAAUUUAUAAGGAAACGGCGUUCCUCAAUAGGAAUCCAGGUGGAAGCUGCUGAUUCUGACACAGAAAGCAAAGGAAGGGAAUAUCAUUCUGUGGGGGUGCAGGUAGAAGAUGAAAAGCGCAAAGGACGAUUCAAGAGGUCAAACAGCGUGACAGCGGCUGUUCAAGCAGACUUAGAAUUAGAAGGUUUUCCUGGUCAUAUCACAAUGGAAGAUAAAGGCCUCCAGUUUGGAUCCUCAUUUCAAAGACAUUCUGAACCUAGUACUCCAACUCAGUAUGGUGCAGUAAGAACAGUGCGGACUCAGGGUUUGUUUAGUUACAGGGAAGAUUACAGGACGCCUGUAGACACUUCAAAUCUGCCCCCACCAGAUCCCUGGCUAGAGCCUGCUCAUGAUGUAGUGGACUCAGGCAGAAUAUCACCCACUCGACAAGAUGGAACAUGGUUUAUGAAGUUGCUCCAUGCUGAAACCAAAAGAAUGGAAGACUGGUGUAAGGACAUGGAGAGGGAGGCAGAGGAGAACGACCUUUCUGAAGAAAAUCUAGGGAAAAUCCGGAGUGCAGUGGGAAGCGCACAGUUGCUCAUGUCCCAAAAGUUUCAACAGUUUUACUGGCUGUGUCAGCAAAAUUUGGAUCCAAGUGCAAUGCCGAGACCUACUUCACAAGACUUAGCAGGAUUCUGGGACCUAUUGCAGUUAUCCAUUGAAGAUGUAAGCAUGAAAUUUGACAAGCUGCACCAUUUGAAAGCCAAUGAUUGGAAACCGAUGGAUUCUCCUGAAAAGAAGGAUGACAAGAAACCCCCAACUCCAAUACCAAAGAAACCUUCCAGGGGAAAGUUCCCUAUCACGCGAGAAAAGUCUCUGGACCUACCGGACCGGCAAAGACAAGAAGCCAGAAGACGUCUAAUGGCUGCAAAAAGAGCGUCUUCAUUCCGGCAAAAUUCAGCCAGUGAGCGUGCAGACAGCAUUGAAAUAUACAUACCGGAAGCCCAAACUAGGCUUUAA